UUGACCAUGUCCUUGUCCAUGGGAUGACUAUGAGGGAGGCUGGGCAACGAGUACAACCAAAUUUGAGUCGCUUCACUGUUGCCUCCAUCAUCAGAACCUUCAGGGAGGAAAACAGGACACAGAGACGACCACCUGGUGGAGGCAGGUUAAGGCUUUUGUCGGAGGAGCAAGAGAGGGAACUUGUAAACAUGGUAAUUGCAAAUAAUGUAAUCCGCCUGCAAGAGAUUCAAAGGAGAGUGAUUGAGGAUGAUCAUCUUUUUCGAGGCAUAAAUGCCAUCAGCCUCUCCACAAUUGACCGCAUCCUCCGAAAGAAUCAAUUCCGGAUGAAACAGGCAUACCGAGUCCCUUUCGAACGAAACUCUGACAGAGUGAAAAACCAACGUGUGGAAUAUGUUCAGAGAAUCUUUGAGAUUGAAGGACGGCCUGUUCCCCAUGAAAUGAUCUUUGUGGAUGAGGCAGGUUUUAACCUGACCAAAAGAAGGAAAAGGGGGAGGAACAUAAUUGGCCAUCGGGCUAUUGUAAAUGUCCCUGGUCAGCGUGGGGGGAAUGUCACUAUGUGCGCAGCCAUCAGCCAACGAGGGGUACUCCACCGCCAUGCCGUACUAGGACCCUAUAACACUAUGCUUCUCCUUGCUUUUCUUGAUGGUUUAAGACAACAUAUGUUCCAGCUGGACUACAGGGAACCAGCACAGCCAGAGCAGCCUCACUACGUUGUUGUGUGGGAUAACGUCAGCUUCCAUCGCGCUGCUCUGGUUUGUGACUGGUUUACCAAUAACCCAAGGUUUUUUAAUAUCUUUCUGCCUGCAUACUCCCCCUUUCUAAACCCGAUAGAGGAGUUAUUUUCGGCAUGGCGGUGGAAAGUGUAUGACCGAGAACCUUAUGUCCGUGUUCACCUCCUUCAGGCCAUGGAAGAGGCCUGCCUAGACAUAUCAGUAGAUGCAUGCCAGGGGUGGAUCAGGCAUGCAAGAGGAUUUUACCCCCGCUGCCUGGCUGGGGCCAAUAUAGCCUGUGAUGUGGAUGAGAUUCUCUGGCCUGACCCAGACCAAAGACAAGAUGCUGUGGUGGGAUAAUGUUUCUGGUGUGUGUUGUACUGUAUAGUACAUGAAUGACAAUGUGCCACUGUACAUACAUUGGUUGCGUCUUUUGUGUUUAUCAUGUGACAAGGGUUUUGAAGGGGAGAACCAUAAGUAACCUAAUUGUUUUGGAACUAUUGUUUUGAAUUAAUUGUACCAGUGUGCAAAACUCUGUUGUAGUGUGUGUGUUUUUGAGGGCUUGUGUUUGAUGUCUGAGGGCAAAGUUCGGUUUUUCAGCAGGAGUGAAUAGUUUUGGGUGUAGAGCUUCAUUUUGACCUGGAAAUAGGAUGUUUGGGGAAUUGAGUGAGAUGUUAUGGAUUUGUGUUUACUGUUGUGCGGAUAUGAGGCGUAGUUUCAAGAAAUGUGUUUUAGCAAUCGAGAAAAACUGUAAUGCAGCAUAGUGUGCAUAUGUGUUACAGUUGUCAUAAUUAUAAAGAUCAGUGGUACAUGCAAAAAA